CUACCCUUGCCGUUUUGAAGAACUCAAGCAAAGCAACCAUCAGUUCUUACUAAGUGCCCUUUACUCACGCUUUCGUUUCCCUCUCUCUCUCUCGCCUGCAAAACCUUGAAGUUUGGUAUUCAGAACUGCUUCUCUUUACCAUUUUAACCCCUGAACUUUGCCGCCAUCCCGUUCCUCUUCAGCGAGGAAGAAGAGAAGGAGGUAGAAAAAAUGCUGCCACAGAGACUGAAGAAGACAAUCACUGAUAACCCCAAGAAGCUUGCUAACUUGAUUGACCUUGCAAAUCUUCCUUCCCCAGUUAGAGAAUUUGUGGGUCAGUCUCAGAUUUCACGUUUGGGUUGCUUCUUUCGUGUUUGGUCUUAUAUCAAAGAGAACAAUCUUCAGGAUCCAAACAACAAGAAUCUUGUCAAUUGUGAUGAGAAAUUGAGGAGUAUUUUAUUGGGCAAGCCUCAAGUUGAGCUGGCUGAACUUCCUGCACUUAUCAAACUGCAUUUUCCUAAAGUGCCAAAAUAAGCCGAAGGAUUCAAGUUGUGCUGCACCGAGUGUCUCCCAUAUCUUGUCAUUGAAGAUCUCUAGCUGCUUCAUGUUCUUUUAAAUCAGUUUAUUAUUAUUAUUAUUAUUAUUUGUAUAUGCUGAUAUUUGAUAGUUUGGAGCAAAUUUCUUAUUAAAAUUUAGGCUUUCCCUCUCAACGAAACCUUUUCUUUGAAGGAUCUUAGUUUAUAAUGAAGAACAAUUUUAUUUGUUAA